CACUCAACUCUCAUUGCUCUCACACACUGCUACACAAGGCAACAGGGCUGCUGCCCUUGGCAGCCCCUUUUUCUCUCUUGUUCUUUUCACAUUCUCCACUCUCUCUCAAACUCUGCUCUCUCUCUCUCGGUGCCUAUUUAUAGGCAAGAAUGGUGUCACAGCUCCAGCUCUUCUUCAACAAUGGUGGCUGCCAACUCCAGCUUUUCUUCAACAAUGAUGGCUGCCAAACUUUGACAUUUGAGAAGGGCUGCUGCAAUUGUCAAUGGACGGUGCAGUCCAUUAAUGGUUGCUGCACAUUAUUGGCAACCAACCCAACACAGACUUGGCGCUGUUGGAGGCUAAGAGAAUGACAUCCCAGUAUCAGAAAGAGGCAGAGAAAUGCGAUUCUGGAAUGGGUAGCUGCGAGGCGGCAAGGGAAAAGGCUGAAAAAGUAUUGGAAGAACAGAGGAAACUUACUGCAAUAUGGGAGCUUAGGGCUCGCGAGAGAGGAUGUAGAGAAGGUAUCAUGAGGUCUCAGGUUAAUCAAAACUUCGAAUAGAUUAGGUAAUUCUGAGGAAAUAAAAGAUGAGUUUUGAUCCUAGUUAAGUUUACUCAAUAAAUAUGUCCAAUUUUGUUUGCUGCAAAUUGUUCAAGUGCUAAGCUUUGGUUACCUAUGGCUCUCCUUUGUGUCAAUGUAAGAACCGCCAUCUGCAUUAUAUCAUUGCAUUUAAAGCAAUUGUGUUGACUUUGGUUUUGGAAAAAUCACAGUGCAUCAAACAGAUGUGAGAACAGCAUUCUUGGAUAUAAGAAACCUGGAUUUUCUAUUGAUCUUCCACCAAACAACUAAUCUGUAGACCUUUCAUUAAGUGAGCAGGCAAAUAAGCUAAUAAGCUUUCGAUUCGACUGAUGAGGCUUGGUUCUAGGCCCAGUCUGACGAUCCUUCUUUUCUCUUUCUCUCUCUCUUUUCAAUUCUAGAAUUUAAAAAAAAAAAAAAACUUGAAAAGUGUUGAAGAAAUUGCCAGCACACUAUCCUACCAAAUUCAAAAUCGAAGACUUGGUUGUCUUUUCCGCGUAAGAAGUCAUCUACGAAACUUUUUUUUUUUAUGUUUUUGUUUCUUUUCCCCCACUUUAAAGUGUUCAAGAAGUUAAAGACAUUGCGAACAAUCUAUAAAUUGAAUACUUGGACUUGGUUGUGUUGUCCGCGUAAGAAGUCAUCCACGAAAAUUAUUUUUAUGUUUUUGCACUUUGUGCCGGCAUCCUCACGCAGUAGAGUACCAUGGACUUAGCUUAGAGCAGAAUACUAUUGAUCAACUGAUACAGAACUGAAGCCACAACUUAGAGAUAAGGGAAAGAGAAACUUUCAGAUCUUCGAAGAUUUUCUUUCUCUGUAUUUGGAAUGGCUGCUGCGAAAUAUCAAGCAUCCUCAUCUUCACGGUUUUCCCAUUGUAAAUAUCAAGUGUUCUUGAGUUUCAGAGGCGAAGACACUCGCAAGAAUUUUACUGAUCACCUCUACACAGCCCUUGUUCAAGCAGGGAUUCACACAUUUAGAGAUGAUGAUGAAAUUGGCAGAGGAGAGAACAUCGAAUCGGAGCUCCAGAAGGCAUUACAACAAUCAAAAAUUGCGAUAAUCGUAUUCUCCAAAGACUAUGCUUCUUCGAGGUGGUGCCUUGAUGAACUUGUAAUGAUCAUGGAACGCAGGAGGACUGCAGACUGCAGAGUUUUGCCGGUAUUCUAUGAUGUGGAUCCAUCCCAAGUCAGAAAGCAAACAGGGAGCUUCGCCACAGCAUUUGUUGAGCAUGAAAAGCACUUCAAGGAGGAGAUGGAGAGGGUGAACGGGUGGAGGAUUGCUUUGAAGGAAGUGGCCGAUUUAGCUGGAAUGGUUUUAGGAGAUGGAUACGAGGCACUGCUUGUCCAAUGUAUUGUGGGGAAGGUCUCAAAGAACUUGGAUCGAAAAAUAUUUCAUGUACCCCUUCAUUUCAUUGGAAGAGAUCCUCUAGUAAAUUAUAUCAACUCAUGGUUGCAAGAUGAGUCCCAUGAUGCUGCCAUUGCUAUGCUCUAUGGAAUUGGUGGAGUUGGGAAGACAACCAUAGCAAAGAGUGUUUUUAAUCAGAACUUUCGUAAAUUUGAAUGCAGGAGCUAUCUAUCAAAUGUUAGAGAAAUCUCAAAAGAAUCCAAAGGUGUAGUUUGCCUACAGAGGCAACUUCUUUCUGAUAUCCUAAACCAAACUGUUGAUGAGAUACAUGAUGUUGAUGAAGGAAUUUUAAAGAUUAAGGAUGCCUUGUGUUGCAGAAGAACUCUUAUUGUUCUUGAUGAUGUGGACAAUAGGGACCAAUUCAAUGCAAUCAUAGGCAUGCAAGAAUGGUUUUGUCAAGGAUGUAAAAUCAUUGUAACAACUAGAAAUAAGGGUCUAAUUGCGGCUAAUGAUGAGUUUGUCAAGUGCAAAGUUGAACCUCUAGACUACAAAAAAUCACUCGAGCUUUUCAGUUGGCAUGCCUUUGGACAAGCUUACCCUGUUAAAGGUUUUGUGGAGGACUCUUGGAGAAUAGUGCAUCAUUGUAAUGGACUUCCAUUAGCCCUUCGUGUUAUUGGUUCUUCAUUGUCAGGGAAAGGAAGAAAAUUAUGGGGAAGCGCAUUACAGCAAUUGGCAGUGAUUCCUAAUUGUGAAGUUCAAAAUGUUCUUGAAAUAAGUUACCACUCUCUAGAUGAUGAUUAUCAAAAAAACAUAUUCCUUGAUAUUGCUUGUUUCUUCAAUGGAAUGGAUGUGGAUUAUGCAGUUACGAUACUAGAUGGGCUCGGUAUAGGUGCAAGAUUUAGGAUUGACAAACUUAUCGAUAGAUGCCUUGUUGAAAUCAACAAUGAUAAAAGGUUGUGGAUGCAUCAGCUCGUAAGAGAUAUGGGAAGGGAAAUUGCUAGACAAGAAUCACCCAAAUGUCAAAGAACAUGGCAUCACGAGGAUGCUUUUAGAGUAUUGAAUGGAACUACCGAUGCUGAAAAAUUGCGUGGCCUUACCCUGGAUAUGCAUGCAUUAAUGGAAGAUGAUUAUGCAGAAGUUGCUUGUACCAGUUCAAUUGUUCGCAGCAAGAGCCGCAGGCUUAAUUUCUCUCAACAAUGGUUUUCUGACUUUCUUUAUGGGGGAAAAUUACAAACUAACCAAACAAGUUUGUUUCCCAUCCUCAGCACGGAUGCUUUUAGAAAGAUGUCAGAUGUAAAAUUUCUCCAACUAAACUACACUAAGUUUCAUGGAAGUUUUGAGCACUUCCCUAAGAAUUUGAUAUGGUUAUGUUGGCAUGGAUUCUCUUUGAGAUCCGUACCAAAUCAAAUAAGCUUGGAGAAGCUGGUGGUUCUUGAUCUAUCCAGAAGCUGUCUAGUUGAUGCUUGGAAAGGCAAAUCGUUUCUUCCAAAAUUGAAAAUUCUUGAUAUCCGUCACUCUCAUGAUCUCAUUAGAACCCCAGACUUCUCAGGUCUUCCAGUCCUUGAAAAGCUAAUACUUGAAGACUGCAUAUGUUUGGUUCAAAUUCACGAAUCUAUUGGUGAUCUACAAAGACUAUUGAUCUUAAAUCUAAGAAAUUGUACAAGUCUUAUGGAGCUUCCAGAAGAAAUGUGUAGAUUGAAUUCACUUCAAGAGCUGGUUUUAGAUGGUUGCUCAAAUCUUGACAGCCUGAUGAAUACGGUGGUAGAGCAUCAUCAGGGGCGCAGCUUGCUUCAAAGUGAUGGAAUUGUUGCAAGUACAUCAUACAUUACAUCUCUUCCAUUGAAGCUAUUCUUUCCCUCUAGGUUUUCAGCGAUGAAAAUGUUGAGAUUUACCUCGUUUUCACUGCCACGCUCCUUGGAGAGACUAGAUUUAAGUGGAACUCCAAUUCGAGCUCUUCCAGAAAGCAUCAAGGAUCUUGGUUUGCUUAGACACCUAUAUUUAAGAAAUUGCAAAAUGCUUCAGGCACUCCCAGAGCUUCCAUCCCAUUUGUGGUCGUUAGAUGUGUCCUUUUGCUAUUUACUGUAAAGAGUUUCAAAUCUAAACCCUUGGACUGUAGCAAAUGGUUGUGAACAAUUUGUCGAGUUCCAAGAUUGGAUGAAGCAAGAAUCAAUCCAAAAGUUUGACUCACACAUGUUCAGAAUAAUAGAAAUGAUAACAUUUAUACAUGGCUCAUUCAACGUUGUCGCAGAUGGAUUUGAUGAAGAUGAGGAGUUAAGGGGGUUUUAUGAGGAGGAAGAAGAGGAUAAAUGGCUAAUUCAGAAUGAGUUUGUAGAUAACUUUUCAUUCAAAAUGUCCUCACCUCCUCCUGUGCACCGGAUAUGUGGCUUUAAUCUGUUCACAAGGUUUUAUAUGACGUCAGAGUACAGUCGCUUUGAACCUUUUCAUUUUAUAAUCAGAAACAAUACCAGUGGUUGAUCCUUGCGUUGUCACGCCCCUGUCUACCAUUCGAGUUACGGGCGUGAUGUUCGUGAAUUCCAAUUGCUAAGCCACUGGAAAUUAGGGGUCGGUGGUCCUACAUUUGAUAAUGGUGAUGACGUGAGUAUUUCAGUGCUUCCACAUGAUCCACCUGUUCAAACAAGGACUAUUGGUGUACAAUGGUUGUAUGAAGAGGAAGGAAAGGAUGAUGAUAUCCAAUCAAAGGAUGAAGUUAUCAAUACCCACAACAGUAGCGAUGAUGAUGAUGAUGAUGAUGCAGCACACGUACCCAAAGUAGAAAUAGCUUCUCGUAUUUUUAGAAAUUAUUAUUGUGCUUCCCGUGGUUUUUUAUUUGAUGCCAAUUUCACUUGGUGGUAUUUUGCAAAGAAAGGUCUGGGAAUUGUAUUAUUUUAGGUUUGUUUUUUAGACUAAAUGAACAAGUAUUGAAGAUAGUUUUGUA